GCAAACGGUUGCUGGAGGAAAUGGCUUGUGGAUGGUGCUGUUGUUCCAGAUUAUUCUCCUCUCAAAUUGCGUUGAACGAUCAAACACUUCGUAUAGUAAUGAUUGGAAAAACAGGAGUGGGAAAAAGCGCUGUGGGAAACACCAUCCUUUGUAGAAAUGCUUUUAAGUCAACCCCUUCUGCAAAUUCUGUCACUGACUUGUGCCAAAAAAAAAUGGUACAUGUCCAAAGAGACAUUUAUGUGAUUGACACACCUGGAAUCUUGGACACUAGCAAACCAUCAGAUCUCAUAAAAAAAGAAAUUGUACGAUGCAUUCAGGUAUCAGCACCAGGCCCUCAUGUGUUCCUGCUGGUGAUACAGAUUGGCCGUUUCACAACAGAGGAGAAAAAUUCUGUCAAAGCUCUGCAAGAACUCUUUGGUGAAGAAGCUUCCAAAUACAUGAUAGUGGUCUUCACCCACGCAGAUUCCCUCAGGGGUCAAUCAAUAGAAAACUAUGUACAAAAUGGUCACUCGGAACUCCGUAAACUGAUCCAGAGCUGUGGUUCUAGAUAUGUUGCCUUUGAUAACAAUAAAAUGACAGAUCGAGCUCAAGUAAAGAAGUUAAUUCAGAAAAUUGAUGAAAUGGUGGCAGCCAAUGGGGGAGGCUGCUUCACUCAGGAAAUGUAUGAAGAAGCUGAAGAGAAAAUUGAGCAACAGAACAUGGAGAGAGAGGCGGCAGAGCUUCUGGAGUAUGAAUUUAGCUUUCUUGGGAUUCUUGAUGAAAGAGUCAUUUUGUUCCAACAAAUACUGUUGGAAGUUUAUAAUGCAGACAUUUAUCGUUGAACAAGAGACUUAAAUGUGAAACCAUGGGCCUAUAUUUUACAUUUAAUAUACUUGUUUAUGUGAUUUUGUACAGAAUAUACAUUUAAUUUCAAUGUAGCAUUAUUACAGCUGAACAUUGGGAGGGAGAUGACAAAACUUCGGAAGUAUUCCUAUAGUGGUACAACAAUUGUAAUUUGAAAAUUGUUUAAUUUGACCUUGUAACACAUAGCAAAAUGAGAACAUUUAGAAGUUUGAUGCAGUCAUGUGAUGUGUACACAACUGAAUGUCUCAUGACUGAUUGCAUUUAUUUAUGCAUAAAUAUAUGUGAAAAAAGUGCAGUACAAACUUAUAUAGUGAAGGUAUAGUUGAUUUUAUGACUAAUGUGUUGUGAUUAUCUGUAUAAUACUCUUUCUUUGCCAUUCCUUCUCCCUGAAGGUUACACACUUAAAUAUUUACUCAUGUAUGUAUAUAAAUAUAACAGUUCACAAUAUAAAUUUAUUUUAAUUUGAUCAGAAACAGUGGGA